GGUGGAUCUGAACCGCUGACCUUUUGGUUACCAGCCAUAGCACUUAACCACUAUACCACCAGGGUUUCCACAACACAUCAAAUACCAAAUAUUUGAAUUUGAACAAAUGAAUUGAUUAUUCAAUGAAUUCUCUAAACUAGAUGGCCAGAAGUCUUAAUUCUUCUUUUUAUUCCUACAGCUAAGAGGAUGACAAAUAAGAAUCAUACGGCAGUGACCGAAUUUGUGUUCACUGGUUUUCCUCAUUUUCAGGAAGGUGGUCUGUUGUUUUUUAUCCUCUUGGUCCUCAUAUACCUAUUCAUCAUCAUUGGGAACCUCAUGGUCUUCUUUGCUGUUAAACUGGAUUCCCGCCUCCACACUCCUAUGUAUUUUUUCAUCAGUGUCCUCUCCUUCCUGGAGAUCUGGUAUACCACUACCACCAUCCCCAAGAUGCUGUCCAACCUAGUGAGUGAACAUAGGACCAUCUCUCCUGCGGGCUGCCUCCUGCAGAUGUAUUUCUUUCAUUCCCUCGGCAUCACUGAGGUUUGCCUGCUCACCACCAUGGCGAUGGACAGAUACCUGGCCAUCUGCAACCCCCUCCGCUACCCUACAAUCAUGACAUCUCAGCUGUACACUCAGCUGACUCUGGGUUGUUGCUUCUGUGGUUUCUUCACGCCACUCCCUGAAAUUGCUUGGAUAUCCACACUGCCAUUUUGUGGUCCAAAUCAAAUUCGGAAUAUCUUCUGUGACUUUGACCCCAUCUUGAAUCUGGCAUGUAUGGACACUGGCACGAUUGUGUUAAUCAAGGUUGUGGAUGUUGUACAUGCUAUGGAGAUCAUCACCGCUGUAAUGCUUGUGGCUUUGGCCUAUGUCCGCAUCAUUGCAGUAAUCCUGUGUAUCCACUCUGCUGAUGGACGCCAGAAGGCCUUUUCCACCUGUGCUUCCCACCUUUCCAUUUUCUUGAUAUUUUUUGGAAGUGUGGCCCUGAUGUAUCUGCGUUUCUCUGCCAAGUACUCCUUUUUCUGGAACACAGCCAUCAGCCUAAAUUUUGCAGUGUUGUCACCAUUCUUCAACCCAAUUAUAUAUAGUCUAAGGAAUAAGGAGAUCCAGGAAGCCAUAAAAAAGCAUAUGUGCCAACUGACUCUAUUUAUACAUCAUAUCAAAUAAGACAAAAUGCACACCUAUUAAUUAAGAAAGUAUAUACAUAAAAUAGCUA